AUGGCCGACCCGAUGCCCGAUCAUCAGCUCUCGUUACACGAACUCACGACAUUCCAUUAUAACGCGAAGGAUGAUACCCACGUAUCAUCGGGCAACACGAUAUCCAACAGGCCGAAGAUUACGAGCUACAACUCCAACGACCUCAACCCGAACUACGACCACCUCAAGCACACUUCUCCAGACUUCCAAAAUGACGACGAUAAUGGUCUGCGGUCGGUCCAGUCGUCGACGAUCCCGAACACUUUAUCAUCCAAAGACCGCGAGAAGAUCUUGGCGCCCAUAGAUGGAGGGUUUUUGGCAUGGAGAUUCAUCUUUCUUUCGUUCUUGGUCGAAGGUUAUGUCUGGGGAAUCCCACUGUCGUUUGGGGUCUUUUUAGACUUCCAUCCAUACUCCCAAAUGUCAUCCACAAUGGCCGCCAUCAUCGGGACCUUAUGCACGGGAAUCUUGUACUGCAUUGGCUCGAUCGUCCUUUCAUUGAUGGAAAACAUACCCAAGUCGGCGGUAUAUUUACCAACAAUUGGAACGAUAAUUUGUAGUGGAUCGUUUUUAGCUGCAUCUUAUUCGACAAACGCGUGGCAAUUGCUAUUGUGUCAAGGUAUUCUGUACGGGAUUGGUGGAGCCCUUCUAUACUAUCCAGCACUUUUCUUUCUCUCUGAGUGGUGGGUUGUAAAGCGUGGCCUUGCUGGCUCUAUAAUGUUUGCCGGUACCUCUGUCUUUGGCCUGAUCAUCCCGCCUGUUCUCGAUUGGUCUUUAAAGAAAUAUGGGACCCCCCAGACUCUUCGCGGACUUGGAGCAGCAUUCCUCAUUGGUAUGGCACCAAUCUUGCCUUUCUUUCGCGGUCGAUUGCCCGUGUCUGUCAGACGGCGUGCACCAGCCGCUCCGACCAGAAAAUAUUUGAAGAGGCCAAUUUUUUGGGCAUUCACUUGCUUAAACUUGUUGCAAAGCUUGUCUUUUUUCGUGCCGACCCUGUACAUGCCUACCUACGCCACAUCGAUUGGCAGCCCCGGAGGGAUCGUCCUUGGUCUUUUUGCAGGCUCGAGCAUCAUCGGCCAACUGUUGACCGGAGCUUUGAGUGAUCACUAUGAUUUAAGCUGGAUCAUAGGCGUAACUUCUGUCGCGAGUUCAGUUAGUAUUUUUGUUUUAUGGGGACACUCUGAUGGGUUUGCUAUGUUGGCGGCAUUUGCCAUUGUCUACGGAAUAAGCGCCGGAGGAUUUUCCUGCCUUUGGCAAAGAUUUGCAAUGAUCAUUGCUCCGUCAGAGCCAAAUUCGGGAAGCUUGGUCGUCUAUUUUGCGACCAGUCGUGGAAUCGCCAACGUUCUAACGGGACCGAUUGCUGGAGCGUUGUUACAAAGUUCCCCAUCAACCAAAGCCGGAUACAAAUCCUUAGUAUAUUACAGUGGUUCAUUGAUGAUCCUUUGCACUAUUGGUGUCUCCAUUAAGGCUCUCUAUCGUAUCAUGAAAAAUUGA